CUCUCUCCAUCUCUCUCUCACACUCUCUAUCUCUCUCCUAUACGGAUUUAUUGUCUGACUGAACAGAAAAGGGUAGACACUGAAGUGGGCAUCAGGCAACGUUGGAUUUGUUGGUGAUAAAGAGUACACAGCAGAACAGGACUUUCUGGCAUUUGGAUCCGAUAUUGUAAAGUGCCAAGAUGAUCAAGAAAUCAAAGGUUACAGACCAAACAGCUGUGGGACAGGUGGGCAUCAAGAAGCGAUCCAAAGUCCCAGGUGUCAUGGUCACACAGUGGGUGGAGGAAAUCCCUGAGGGGAUGACAACACCAGACUUCAUUCGCAAACCCAUCGCUUUAACCAUCCAGGAGGGUAAAUUGGCCCUUUUCAAAGCGGUCAUAUGUGGUGAUCCGAAACCUGAGCUCACUUGGAGAAGAGCCAAGGGUGAACUCUCUGACGAAGGCAAAUUUGAGCAGAAGUAUGAUGAGACCACUGGAGAGUAUUCAUUAGUGAUUACCAAGGUAACUGGAGCUGAGGCCGAUACCUACAAAUGUUAUGCUCACAAUGAAUAUGGGAAAGCAGUUUGCACAGCUACACUCAAUGUCAUUGAAGUUGGGUUCAAGAAAAACAAGGUUGUUUUGGAAGACACAGAAGUUGAUCCUGCUGAGUUCAGAAAGAUGCUCAGAAAGAGGAAAGGAAAGGAGAAGGAAGAACAGAAGAAGGACGCAGGAGAAGUUGAUGAAAAGUUCUGGGAGAUCCUUAUGAGUGCAGACAAGAAGGACUAUGAACGUAUUUGUGCUGAGUUUGGCGUCACCAAUUUCCGCUGGAUGUUGAAGAAACUCAAUGAGAUAAAGAAGGAAAGAGAGGAGGAGCAAAAGAUGUAUGUUGAGGCUAUAUCUAACCUGAAACACAUUGAGGUGAAAGCAAACGGCUCUGCAUCAUUUCAACUUGACCUGGAGCUCAAAGACCCUGCCAGUAGGAUUUUCCUCUACAAGGACGGUGUCAUGAUCCCGUACACGGACAACAAUGAUGAUACAGAGAUUAAACACAGCCUGAAGAGAGUUGGAAAGACUCUGGUGUUUUCUGUCAAAGACCUGCUACCUGAGGAUGCUGGCCUCUACCAGGUGGAUGUGGAGGAGGUCAACAUGUUCUCUACUGAUUUUAAGAUUCCUAUGGUGGACUUCAUCGUGAAACUCCAGGAGGUGAAGGCCAAAGAGCGCGAGGAUGCCCUCUUUGAGUGUGUCCUCUCUCACCCCUUUGGCAGAAUUCAAUGGCUGGGCAAAAACGUGGCCCUGGAGGAUGGGAACAAGUACUCAAUCACUAUGUCAGAUGACAAACUUAUCCACAGGCUGCUGGUGAAAGACUGCAUGCAGCUGGACAAGGGCAUCUACUGCGCUAUAGCAGGCAUUAAAACCUGCAGUGCCUGGCUGAUCGUGGAGGCUGAUUCCGACCCUGCUAAUAAGGGCAAGAAGGUGGCCAGGAAGACAACGCAGGCUGGAGGCGCCGGGGUGGACCUGGAGAAGCUAGCCCAGGAGCAGCAGGAGAAGCUGGUGAGGGACAGGGAGGAAGCGGAGAGGCUGAGGGCCGAGGCAGCCCAGGCCGUCGCCGAAGCAGCUGAUGGAGCAGAUGGCAAGGGCCAAGGCUCUGGGGUAGGUGACGGGUCUGGGAAAGAUGGGUCCGGAAAAGACGGGUCUGGAAAAGAUGGUUCUGGAAAAGAUGGCUCCGGAAAAGACGGGUCUGGAAAAGAUGGGUCUGGAAAAGACGGGUCUGGGAAAGAUGGUUCUGGAAAAGAUGGCUCCGGACGUGGCACUGAUGUGGAUGGGUCCAAACUGAAGGGGAAGGGUAACAGUGACGGAUCUGGAAAGAGAGGCGCCAAUGAUGGCAGUGGGCUGAGCAAAGGAAAAGACGAUGGAAAAGAUUCAAAUGACAACCUAAACAAAGAUUCACUCAAUGAUGGCAUUGACCCAAAUGCACAAUCAGGGCAAAUCAAUGAAGAGGGAAAAGAUGGCAAGAGAGCCAAGAGAAAUAAGGUGCAACUUGGUCCAGACAAGGUUACUGGAGGAUAUGCAGGAGAAAGAGAAGACUGGCUUGAAACAACCUCAGAGGAAGAAGAAGAGAAAGAAGGAACACUGAAUGGGACCCAGUCUGAAGGCGGAGCUGGCAUGCAGGGUAACAGUACAACUUCCAAUCCCAAAAGAAAGGAUCCUGCCAGGCGACGUGCAAGGCAAGGUUCCCAGCAGCCCGGGACGGCCACUGGAGGAUAUGCAGGAGAAAGAGAAGACUGGCUUGAAACAACCUCAGAGGAAGAAGAAGAGAAAGAAGAAACACUGAAUGGGACCCAGUCUGAAGGCGGAGCUGGCAUGCAGGGUAACAGUACAACUUCCAAUCCCAAAAGAAAGGAUCCUGCCAGGCGACGUGCAAGGCAAGGUUCCCAGCAGCCCGGGACGGCCACUGGAUCAGCAGGAGAUGCUGGAGGUUACGUCGAUGACGGAGUUGAAGUUUGGAACCAGAAAGGGACACUGGAGGGAGGCCUCACAGAUUUAGAUUCUCAAGGUGGUCAGUCUAAAAGAGACGGAGCUGAAUUGCAGGACAGCACUGCGGAUGCACGGGCUGCGCGGCGCCGUGCAAGACAAGGUUCUCUGAUGCCUGAGACGGUCAUUGAUCCUGGGGUUCAGUUUGUCAGUGGUCUAUCGGAUGUGACCGCCCUCUUGGGCCAGCCAGCGGAACUGACGUGUAAACUCAGCAGUGAGCAGAGUGAGGGGGCCUGGUACAAAGAUGGGAAGAAGCUAUCUGCAGAUGGAGAAGAUGGAGUAAUCCUGUCUAAAGAUGGGCCCAGCCAUAAGUUAUUGAUUAGCAAGUGUGAAGAGGAACACUCAGGAAGGUACCGCUUUGAGGCCGAAGGUCGGAAAUCGGAGGCUACAUUAUAUUUAAAAGAUCCACCAAGAUUCAACUCUGAUGAUUUGGGCAAAUUCUCUGAGCCUGUGAUUGUACGAGUAGGACAAAAUGCAGUCUUUAAGUUGCCUUUUGAGGGCCGUGAUCCAAUGAAGAUUCAGUGGUACAGGGAGGGCGAGGAGCUUCUGGACGACACCAAUGUAAAAAUCGAGAAGUCAUUGACCCAGAGCAGGCUCCUCCUCAGCAGGUGCCAGCGCAAAGAGUCCGGAGAAAUCAAGUUCCGACUGAGGAACGAGUUUGGCACAACAGAAGCCUUUUCAAAGCUAAUUGUCCUUGAUAAACCAGGACCACCCCAGGGCCCAGUGGAAAUUGUGGAAGCCUCCUCCCAAUGCAUCGAGAUCAAGUGGAGACCACCGAAAGAUGAUGGUGGCUCGCCCGUGAAGAACUACAUGGUGGAUCGCCAGCAGAUUGGUCGUAACACAUGGACCAAAAUCGGAGAGAUUCCCGGCGUUUCCACCUACAAGGAUACCAAUGUGGACCACGGAAGGAAGUACUGCUACCGGAUCCGGGCAAUCACCGAGGAGGGAAUAAGCGAGAUGAUGGAGACAGACGACAUCAUGGCAGGCACUUUGGCAUUCCCAGGGCAGCCGGCUGCACCAAAAGUGGCAAGCGCCUUCAAGGACUGCAUCAACUUGACUUGGACUGCCCCUGGUGAUACGGGAGGCUCCCGUAUCGUGGGCUACAACCUGGAGAAACGCAAGAAGGGCAGCAACGUCUGGAGUGCAGUAAACCCAGCAGGGGAACUCAUACCAGAAAAGAAGUAUGCUGUUAAAGAUGUCAUUGCUGGAAUGGAGUAUGAGUUCCGUGUGACAGCUAUCAAUGUCUCUGGUCCUAGUGAACCCAGUCCACCAUCGGAGUUUGGGAUUGCACGAGACCCUAAAAAGCCCCCAGGCAAAGUGAUUGACCUGAGAGUGACUGAAACGACAUACAUCACUGCUUCAAUCACCUGGACUAAGCCCGACGAACAGCCGGGGGUCAUGGACGAGGCUAAGGGCUACUUUGUGGAGGUCAGGCCAGCAGAGAGCCUGGAUUGGCAGAGGAGCAACCCCACACCCAUCAUUCUGACCUCCUACACCAUUAAAGGUCUGAAGGCCAUGGCUAUGUACUGGGUGAGGGUCAUUGCAAUGAAUGAGGGUGGAGAUGGUGUGCCCACUGACCUGGACAACUAUGUUUUGGCCAUACCUCCCCCUGUUCGGCCAAAGUUCACUAGUCGCAACAUGCAGAGUUUUAUGGUUGUGUGCGCAGGGAACACAGUACGGCUCAAUUUAGCCUUUGAAGCAUCCCCUUGGCCAGACGUGGACUGGCUGAAAGAUGGCGUUCCUGUCACCAAACGUGCAACCAUCAGCAACUCAGAUGGUGGAUCUCAGCUCCUGAUUCCGUCCUCUGAGCGCACCGACACAGGCAUCUACACCAUAGUGGUCAAGAACAUGGUGGGCCAGGAGACCUUCAGUAUUGAGGUCAGAGUAACAGAUGAGCCAAAGCCACCAGGCCCUAUCGAGCUGGAGGAGAAUGUGCCGGGCACGGUGACUGUGGUCUGGGAGCCGUCCCCGGACGAGAAGAGGGACGACCGGCUGCACUACAUGGUGUCCCAGCGUGACUCCACCAAGCGGACCUGGCACACAGUCGCAGACAGGCUCUUCAAUAACAAGUUCACCGCCUGCAAUAUCAUGCAGGGGCGUGAAUACCACUUCCGUGUCUAUGCCAAGAACGACAUGGGCUUGUCUUCCCCCUCCGAAUCGCCCACAUGGGGUACAACUAAGCAGAAAGGCAAAUUUGUAGUCAACAUGCCUGACUACAAAACCUGCAAUUUCCAGUGCGCACCAGCCUUCCUGGUGCCCCUGAAGGUCCGUACGGCGCCCAAGGGCUAUGAAUGCUACAUGAGCUGUGCUGUGAAGGGCAACCCGCUGCCCCGCAUCACCUGGUACCAUAACAACGUCAGCCUCAACACCAACACCAACUACCUGAUCUCCAACAUCUGUGGCGUCUGCUCGAUCCUCAUCCUCAGGGUGGGGCCCAGGGAUGAGGGAGAGUACACCAUUACGGUUGAGAACCCACUGGGCCGGGCUGAGAGCUCCAUCAAGCUCAAUAUUCGAGAAUGAGAUGGCAUGGAGUUCAAUAAACUCCUCACUUCCUUCCUUUAACUUCACACAUCUUUUUAUCAUGAUUUCUUCCAUCAUGUCAACAUUCUGGAUGGGAUCCAAUUGGAGGACAUGUACAUAUCUAAUGCUAUACUGCCUUUUCUUCUUUUCUGUUUAGGUAGACAAACCUCAUAUAAUUUUGCUUUUGCUUGACUCAUUUAUUGAGUUCAGAUUUAGUGUGAGAAUAUUAUUUGCUUUAUAUAUCGAAAGGAAACAUAAAUGUCUGUUGUGAGAAUGAGUGAAAUGAAAGCUACUGGGUUAUUUAUAAAGACAUCAAAAUGACAAAAUAUGACAGUCUAUGGUACACUAAGUUGAAACAGUGAAUGAACACAGAAAGAGGCAGAAAUGACAUGAAUGUGGUACAGAGGUGCAAGUAUUACACUGCUUCAGAAGACCGUCGGGUCUUUAUAAUUGAGGACAGAGUAGGCCUAGACUACUCUGUAAUUAAAAAAAAACUGUUGCUUGUUUUCAGCUGUAGAUGGAGGUGUAUUUAAAGUAAGUGGUUUAGUGAGAAGCCUGGGUAGGUUAACUAAGAGGAAGUGCACAAAUUCCUAAUAAGAGAGCCUUGUGGCUUCAUUUGCCUUGUAAAUCAAAGCCUGAAGGCUCUUCUUGUAGGAGUUUUACAGUUAUCCUACUAUUAGUGAACUACCCAGUCACUAAACCACAUACUUGAAAUAUCAUCCUGAUGACUUGGUGGUUGAGUGUUUAAUAUGGCACACCUCUUACCAGGUUGUAUGAGUGCAGUGGGUGUUUUUGAAAAUGUCACAUGACCUUAUGCAAUCCAAUCAAUUGUGUUUUGCAAUAAAGUUGAACCUGCAUUUUAA